GCAUCCUGCAGGAGGGGCUGGUCCCUUUCCCAGGCAUCAGUCUGCUUGUUCUCAGCCUAAGCCCUCUUGCCAACCAUGGUGGGUCCCUCCAUUCUCACAUGUCCUCGUCUGACAAUCAGAGAGCAUAAUCCUCUUACAGGCCCAUGAUUGAUUAGCGUGGCUUAAUCUAAAGGCUCUAAGUCAGAUUCGUUAUGAUCUACUGAUUGUGGGGAUAUGGCAAGGUUUGUUUAAAGGGGCUUGGCUGGUCUGGGUUCCUGCAGCUGACAGAGAGAAGGUGGCCAGGAAGAAAGCAGCACACUGCUCGGAAAAUGAAGGCGCUUCUGCUGCUGGUCUUGCCUUGGCUCAGUCCUGCUAACUACAUUGACAAUGUGGGCAACCUGCACUUCCUGUAUUCAGAACUCUGUAAGGGCGCCUCCCACUACGGCCUGACCAGGGACAGGAAGAGGCGCUCACAAGAUGGCUGUCCAGACGGCUGUGCGAGCCUCAUGGCAGCGGCACUCUCUCCAGAGGUUUCUGCAUCUGCCACCGUCUCCUUAAUGACGGACGAGCCUGGCCUCGACAACCCUGCCUACGUGUCAGCAGAGGACGGUCAGCCAGCUAGCGGCCUAUCGGACUCUGGCCGGGGCAACCGCACUAGGGCACGGCCUUUUGAGCGAUCCACUAUCAGAAGCAGAUCUUUUAAAAAGAUAAAUCGAGCUUUGAGUAUUCUUCGAAGGACAAAGAGUGGGAGUGUAGUUGCCAACCAAGCUGGCCAGGGCAGGGAACAUUCUGAAAAUACCACUGCCCCCGAAGUCUUUCCAAGGUUGUAUCACCUGAUUCCAGAUGGUGAAAUUACCAGCAUCAAGAUCAAUCGAGUGGAUCCCAACGAAAGCCUCUCCAUUAGGCUAGUGGGAGGCAGCGAAACCCCACUGGUCCAUAUCAUUAUCCAGCACAUUUAUCGUGACGGGGUGAUUGCCAGAGACGGCCGGUUACUGCCAGGAGACAUCAUAUUAAAGGUCAAUGGGAUGGACAUCAGCAAUGUCCCUCACAACUACGCCUUGCGCCUCCUGCGACAGCCCUGCCAGGUGCUGCGGCUGACCGUGCUGCGUGAGCAGAAGUUCCGGAGCAGAAACAACGGACAAGCACUGGACACCUAUGGACCCCGGGAUGACAGUUUCCAUGUGAUUCUCAACAAAAGUAGCCCUGAGGAGCAGCUUGGAAUAAAACUGGUGCGUAAGGUGGAUGAGCCUGGGGUGUUCAUCUUCAACGUGCUGGAUGGCGGUGUGGCAGACAGACAUGGUCAGCUGGAGGAGAACGAUCGUGUGUUAGCCAUCAAUGGACAUGACCUUCGAUACGGCAGCCCAGAAAGUGCAGCUUAUCUGAUUCAGGCCAGUGAAAGGCGCGUUCACCUCGUCGUGUCCCGCCAGGUUCGACAGCAGAGCCCUGACAUCUUUCAGGAAGCCGGCUGGAACAGCAAUGGCAGCCGGUCCCCAGGACCAGGGGAGAGGAGCAACCGUCCCAAGCCCCUCCAUCCUGCAGCUACUUGUCAUGAGAAGGUGGUAAGUGUCCGAAAAGACCCCAGCGAAUCUCUCGGCAUGACCGUUGCAGGGGGAGCAUCACAUAGGGAAUGGGAUUUGCCUAUCUAUGUCAUCAGUAUUGAACCCGGAGGAAUCAUAAGCAGAGACGGAAGAAUAAAAACAGGUGACAUUUUGUUGAAUGUGAAUGGGAUUGAACUAACAGAGGUCAGCCGGAGCGAGGCAGUUGCACUAUUGAAAAGCACAUCCUCCUCAGUGAUACUCAAAGCUUUGGAAGUCAAAGAACACGAGCCCCAGGAAGACUGCAGCAGCCCAGCAGCCCUGGACUCCAACCACAACAUGGCCCCACCUGGCGACUGGUCGCCUUCCUGGGUCAUGUGGCUGGAAUUACCACGGUACUUGUAUAAUUGUAAAGAUGUUAUAUUACGAAGAAACACAGCUGGAAGUCUGGGCUUCUGCAUUGUAGGAGGUUAUGAAGAAUACAAUGGGAACAAACCUUUUUUUAUCAAAUCCAUUGUUGAAGGAACACCAGCAUACAAUGAUGGAAGAAUUAGAUGUGGUGAUAUUCUUCUUGCUGUCAAUGGUAGAAGUACAUCAGGAAUGAUACAUGCUUGCUUGGCAAGGAUGCUUAAAGAACUUAAAGGACGAAUUACUCUCACUAUUGUUUCUUGGCCUGGCACUUUUUUAUAGAAUCAAUGAGUCAUAGAAAAACAAAAAUCACAAAUAGACUAAGUUGAAACAAUAUAUUUAUCUUGUGGAUUUUUAUAUUUAAAGAAUGCAUUGUAAAAACGUCAGGGAAAGUAUGAUCUAAUGAAAGCCAGUUACAUGUCAGAAAAUACGAUUCUCAAAAGAUAAAAACUAAUAGUUUUUAUUCAUUGUGGAAGAUUUCUCAUUACUCCACAACUUUAAGUUUAUAUUUUUCUGGUCUAUAAAAAUCCCUCAAACAGCAAAAAUGGUUCGUAUGCCCCUUAAACUCAAAUCAUCAAUUUAAAUUAAAAAUUUGGUAUAUGCUGAGGUCUGCAAAGAGUACAUUAUGGGCAUUUUUAAUUUAAAGCCAGAGGAUUUUAAAAAUGCACUGCUGAGAAAUGUUCCUUUCAUCAAAGAAUAAAUAUUUUUCAAAAAUUACAGUUGUCUUUAGUAUGUGAUCCUAAUUGUUACUUCUUCUAUCAGCAUUUAAAAGAUCUUAGUAAUUCAUUCUUUCAAAUACCAUGUUAUAUAUAUGUUACCAUCACUGACAAAGACCUCCUAUGGUUAUCCCUAAAAAUGCUCACAAAAUUAUAAACUUCU